CCUUCCGUCCUGAAGCGGGAGCCGGGGGCGGGGCCGGGGCGCCGUUGUCGGCGGGAGGAAGAGGGAGGAGACGGGAAGCCUGACAGCAGACGCCUCCGCCAGGCGCCUGCCGCCUCCUCCCCUGAGACUGCCGCCAACUCUGCUGUCGAGUUCCCGGGCCCACGGCCGGCAGCUGGGUCUCGGCCCUGCCUAGCUAGCGGGGCAGGGGUUGUGGGGCGCCAGCGUGCUGAGCUUGACGCGGGAGGAGGGAGUCUAGACGCCGGGAACGUCCCGCGCCCCGCCUUUCCCUCCCCCUCCCGAACCCUGGGGCCUGGGGCGCGCGAGGAGGUGCAAAGCGGGGCGGACAACUGAGAAAGGACUGGGUUGAGGAGUGUUGAGGUAAACGUUGGGAUCCGGAUUUGCUGUGUGGAGUUAACCUAAAGGGAGCGGUUUUAAAGACACCACCGUGGUGGCUGUGUCGUUCUUGUUAGUCUUUUUAUCUUCCCUUCGUUCCCUCCCCCUCCCCCAUUUUUUCUUUCCAUUUUUUUUUUUUUUUUCAUGUUUUACAGUAAAGGCAUGACUUCCCGGCACCGCAGGGAAAAUAGGGUGCAAGCCCAGAAACUAUUUCCCCAUCACCACUUGUUGAAAAACUGAUUUGAAGGCAUCUCCGGGUUUGAACAAACGAAAGUGCCAGGAUUUCUAGCGUCUUUGGUUUUGCGGUGGAGACCCUUCACUACUAAGUAUCAAGACGAAAAAAACUGGAAAGUGAUCGGAACCUUAUUCAGAGUCAGAAUGGAAAGAUUUGUAGUGACAGCACCACCUGCCCGAAACCGUUCUAAGACUGCUUUGUAUGUGACUCCCCUGGAUCGAGUCACUGAGUUUGGAGGUGAGCUGCACGAAGAUGGAGGAAAACUCUUCUGCACUUCUUGCAAUGUGGUUCUGAAUCAUGUUCGCAAGUCUGCCAUUAGUGACCACCUUAAGUCGAAGACUCAUACCAAGAGGAAGGCAGAAUUUGAAGAGCAGAAUGUGAGAAAGAAGCAGAGGCCCCUAACUGCAUCCCUUCAGUGCAACAGUACUGCGCAAACAGAGAAAGUCAGUGUUAUCCAGGACUUUGUGAAAAUGUGCCUGGAAGCCAACAUCCCACUUGAGAAGGCUGAUCAUCCAGCAGUCCGUGCUUUCCUGUCUCGCCAUGUGAAGAAUGGAGGCUCCAUACCUAAGUCAGACCAGCUGAGGAGAGCAUAUCUUCCUGAUGGAUAUGAAAAUGAGAAUCAACUCCUCAACUCACAAGAUUGUUGACAAGGAGGUUACCACCAUUGUGAUCAAGAUAAAUGUGGAGUAUUAAAGUUAUGUGUUGAUUGUGUGGUUCAUUUUUAUAUUUAUUUCAUUUAAAAUCAUGUGAUGCAGAAUAGUUUUGCAAUGUGUAUAUAGUUGCAGGCAAAAAAAACAAACAAAAAAAAAAAAACCUCACUGCAAAACUUGUUAAUUUUAGUCACCAAUGGUGUAAAGCAAAACUUAGGGUUUAGAGUAUGCUAGGAUACCUGAAACCUGAUGGUUAUCUUUAAAAUUGAUGGUUUUUCUCCUGAAAUGUUUGUGCAUGGAAGAACUGCCCUGCUUUUUUACCCUGUUGCCAUAUAUGAUUAUUCCUUGUGAGAUUACUUAAUUACUUGGAUUGAACACUAGCCUAGGAAAUUGAAGCUGCUGCCAGGCAACACCACUCACAGUAACUUAAAGGAAUUAUUUCUGAUUAGAGGAUCCUCUUCAAAAAGGAAGGGAUGGUGGGAAAUUGUUCUUAUAUCUUCAGAUCCCUCAAAGAAAUGACUGUCUUUAUUUCAAACUAUGCGUGUAUAUGAUGUAGUUACCUUAUCUAUCAUUCAGUUCCUCACUUUUUUCACCCUUUUUAAAAAGGCUUAAUGUAUUUAGUAGCAGCUUCAAGUGACCAAAAGACUAAAAUCUUUCAGUGUCAGUGCCAAAAGCCAUGGGGAAUUUUGCAGUGACAUGAUUUUAGUCUCUUACUAUAAACAAAUUUUUGAACCAUAACUUUCAUUUCCAGCAUCCCCUUGAAUUUGCAAGCUUUUUUUUUUUUUAAUGUCUUGAUGUUAAAAGAUUUCAAGAUUGGCAUUUUAAUUUAAACACGUUUUAUGAUUGAGUUUCCUGUUUUUACAGAAAACUAGUAAUUACUUUUUGGCUGACAGAUCAGAUAAUAAGGAAAUUAUAUACAUUAAUUUUUCCAUAUGAUUUAUAAGACUUUAGGUAAAUAGACUAGAAACAAGUUUACUUAUUUUCACUUUUAUGUGCUUUGCCUCUGGUGGUACAAGAUUUUUAAACAUGGAUGGUAAACAAUUGUCUAGAAAGACUGGCAAGAUUUUGUAGUGGAGAUGUGGCAGUAUCCUGCAUAACUGUUUGGGUGAGGAAAUAAUCAGUUCUGUUAAAGGUCAACCAUGUUCAGGAAAUGAUCUCUAUGUGAACCUCACUAUCCUGUAAUGUCAUCAAAGUAAAAGUAGCUUAGCCCAGUUAUGUCCUCUCCAUUGGAGACCCAAAUUAUAUUUUUUAAAAACUGAACAGCUGAAGACUUGGACUAGAGCUUUAAAAAAGAAUCUUAAAUUCCUUGAAAACAUUCAAGUUUAAAAUACUUAUAAAAUAUAUUUCUAUUACAAAGCACUGACAUGAAUGCCCUAUGUGACUUGGAAUUUUCUUUGAGGUCAUUUUACCACAAAUCUUCAUUAAAAAAAAAAAAAAAGCCAAAGU